UCUUCCUCCUCUCUCCAUCGUUCUUAUCUCGUUUUAAUCUUCUUUAUCCCGCUGGUCUUUCUUCUCCUGUGACCGUCUCUUCUCUCCCAGCUGCUCCCGGAUCAGCUGCACGCCGGACGGAUCCGUGUCUCCAGCUGUGUGUGGCUCCAGUCCCGUAGGCAGGGUCGGCCAUGUUGUUAUGUGGGGGUUGAUGUAAGUUUAGUAGUAAGGAAGUGAAGAAGCGACAAAGGGCUGGGACACUUCAGGACCUGACUUUUUUUUCUGUCAUGCUGGCGCCGCUUUCUUCUUCUUCUGUGACAAAGAUGAGUGUGAGCUCCGCCGCCUCCGCCAUCCUCCCAGCCUGCAACACUUCACUGCUUUGAUUCAACUUCAGCACUAAAAAAAACCUCAGCACACUUUGAUGGAUGGAGUGAGGAUGAAGGAGGCUCGGUCCCGGUUGGAAUAACUCGGAUUUUGUUGUAUUCCCUAAGUCAAGAAGGGAGACUGAAGACAGAGGGAGAAACCACAGAAGAAGGACGCGGAUUUGUGAAGGGCGAGACGAUGGGCUGCAUAAAGAGCAAAGAGGACAAAGGCACGACGAUGAAGUACCGGCCAGAAAAUGCCACAGGAUCAGACCCCAACACCAUCGCCACCACCCCUCACGUUGGCCACUACGGUCCUGAUCCCACCCAGCUUCAGCAGAAUCCGCCUCCCUCCUCUUCGUCAGGGUCCGGAGCUGCAAACUUUAACCACACCCUCACGCCGUUUGGAGGGUCCUCAUCUGCCAUGACUCCCUUUGGAGGGGCGUCGUCCUCCUUUACGGGUCCUGUGUCCAACUCUUUCUCUGGUGCUGUCUCAAGUGGCGUUACGUUCUUUGUGGCCUUGUAUGACUAUGAAGCUCGAACAUCAGACGAUCUUUCCUUUAAAAAAGGAGACCGCUUCCAGAUCAUCAACAAUACCGAGGGAGACUGGUGGGAGGCUCGCUCCAUCAACACGGGAAGGAAAGGCUACAUCCCGAGCAAUUAUGUUGCCCCUGCCGACUCCAUCCAGGCUGAGGAGUGGUACUUUGGUAAAAUGGGGCGUAAAGAUGCUGAGAGGCUGCUGCUGAAUCCUGGGAACAAUCGAGGAACUUUCCUGGUGCGGGAAAGUGAAACUACUAAAGGUGCUUAUUCUCUGUCCAUACGAGACUGGGAUGAUGCCAAAGGAGACAAUGUGAAACACUACAAGAUCAGGAAGUUGGACAGCGGGGGAUACUACAUCACCACACGAGCGCAGUUUGAUACAUUGCAGAAGCUUGUCAAACACUACACAGAGCAUGCUGACGGGCUCUGCCACCGGCUGACCACCGUCUGCCCCACGGUGAAGCCUCAGACCCAGGGGCUCGCUAAAGAUGCCUGGGAGAUUCCUCGAGAGUCCCUGCGACUGGAGCUCAAACUUGGCCAGGGCUGCUUUGGAGAGGUCUGGAUGGGCACGUGGAAUGGUACCACGAAGGUGGCCAUAAAGACGCUGAAACCAGGAACCAUGUCGCCUGAGGCUUUCCUGCAAGAGGCUCAGAUCAUGAAGAAGCUGCGACACGACAAACUGGUGCCUCUUUAUGCUGUAGUCUCUGAGGAGCCCAUUUAUAUCGUCACCGAGUACAUGGCCAAAGGAAGCCUGCUCGACUUCCUGAAAGAAGGUGACGGCAAAUUCCUGAAGCUCCCAUUGUUGGUGGAUAUGGCUGCACAGAUCGCAGACGGCAUGGCUUUUAUCGAGAGGAUGAACUACAUCCACAGGGACCUGCGUGCUGCAAAUAUACUCGUUGGCGACAACCUGGUAUGCAAGAUCGCUGACUUUGGUCUGGCGAGGUUGAUAGAGGACAAUGAGUACACGGCCAGGCAAGGAGCCAAAUUCCCCAUCAAAUGGACGGCCCCUGAGGCCGCACUGUACGGACGAUUCACCAUCAAGUCAGACGUCUGGUCCUUCGGGAUCUUACUCACCGAGCUCGUCACCAAAGGCCGAGUGCCUUACCCAGGGAUGGUGAACCGGGAGGUCCUGGAGCAGGUGGAGCGAGGCUACCGAAUGCCCUGCCCCCAAGGUUGUCCUGAGUCCCUGCAUGAGAUGAUGAAGCUCUGCUGGAAGAAGGAGGCAGACGAGAGGCCGACUUUCGAGUACCUCCAGUCCUUCCUGGAGGACUAUUUCACCUCCACAGAGCCACAGUACCAACCCGGAGAGAACCUAUAGCCUGCCUGGACCCUGUGUAUCCCUACGCCUGGAAGUAGACUUGGUUAUUGAAAAAGAGAAAUCAAGAGCUCUUAAUUUUCACGCGACUGGAAACCAGACUAAACCACUACUUGUUCUACCACUUCAUUGAAUGAAGAAUUUUUUGGCUCUCAUUGUCCGCCAUCUUUUCAUUACAUUGUGUUUUUUUAUUUUAUUCAUGGUACUACACAUGUUUAACCUGUGUAUUUUUAUUUUUUGUAUAUGGCUUUUAUCACCAUGUACAAAACAUUUGUUGUCAAGUUUUUGUUUUAUUCCAGAUCCAUUUUAGAUACACUACAUGUGGGAUUCUUUCUUGUGAACACAGCAUACUGCUGUGAAUUAAGCUGUGAUAAUCCCUUGCAAUAGAAACACACAUCGCUCAGUCUAACUGUUGGGCUUUUGUGUGGUUUAAUGGGGAGAUCUUAAGCAACAUUUGCCUCCAAAUUGCUUUCUUUUGUGGUGGAUUGGUAAAUUAUGCAUUAAAGCAAUUAAUUAUUAAGAGAUAAUAUAUUUCACUAAUGUGGAGAAGCUCUUAGGGGACUUACAGUCCAUUUAACAAUGAUUAUUUAAAAGAAAAUCCCACACAGCUUAGCUUUACUUACAUUUCAUUCAGCGACAGUGCAAUUUUUAUUUUCUACAAAUGGAUGACAGGACUGUGACGUGGUCUUUGAUGCCUUUCUCAUCUUUUACAGUGCAUUUAUAAAUCAUUUUUCCGCUUUGCUAUCACAAUUAAUUCAUAUCACAUGGACAUGGAUUUAUAGCUUCAGUUGAAGAUUUUCUUGCCUGUCCUUCAUCCUGCAGAAAUCUCUGUUAAGACUUUUUAUAACAAAGCCAUAACUCUUUCUGUCCCGCACUGCCCUGGUUGUAUAAUCUCACUGUGAUCAGUGCUUACAUAAAGACACUCUGUUUAAUGUGUCAGUGAGUUAAACAGUGAGGAAACUCGUGGACUUGCGGCUUCUUGCCAAACCAUAAUGACAGCUACGGAAAUGUCAGCCAAGAAUGGAUGCAGGAUGACUUUACUGGUUAUUUAAGCUCUUUCUCUAAGUGAAUGAAGCAACCAAAACCUGUAAAAGCACUUGGGACUGUUUUGUGCUCUGCAAAGACUAUUUGUACCGCAGUGAUAACCCUUUUUUAGUGAUUUACUUUUGCAUUUCUGCCUAUGUGGACUCAUUGGGACAGUAUUAUGUGAUUAAAACUAAUUGAUGCCUGAGCUUGUAAAGAAGGGCUUUGUACAUUACAAUACAAAAAAAAUCCUCAUUUUAUAAGAUUAUUAAUAAAACGGGCAAGACUGCAAAAUAUAUUUGGAUGGGAGGAAGUGGGUUGAGUCUCAGCUGGGGAGUUUGUACAAUAAA